UGUUGCUUGGAUGGUUAUAGCUUUCGCGCCUGUUUCACUAUAUUUUGGUUGAUUGAGCAUUGACGAGUUUCUUCUGUGUUGAAUCAGCAAUUCCACCUGAAUUCGCCCGACCACCGACCGAUUGACCGACUGACACACACCUCCACUUGCAGUUGCACUGACGGGCACACGAACAAUCAACCCAUUGAUCGACCACCCUCCUACUACUACUACUACCUGCAACCUACAGCACAACCUCACCCUCAUCCUCACUACCAACCUCAUACUUUUUCCUUUCCAAGAGCCCGAAGUCCGAAUCACCAUGAGCGCCUCAAAAUACAACCUCCGCAACCCGCUCCCGCUCUCCGCCUCGCAAGAAGCCGAAGUCAAGCAAUUAUACUACAAGCGCGUGCGAGGCCACUGCGCCGCCGAGAUCAAAGCCUUCGCCGAAUGCGCCGUAAACCGCACCGUAACGGCGACGUGGGUGUGCAGGGAGCAGCGCCUAGCGAUGAACGGGUGCAUGGUGGCGCACGCGAAGCCGGAGGAGGAGGACCGGGCGCGGGAGGAGUGGUUCGCGACGCACGAGGAGCGGAAGCGCGAGCACCAGGCCAAGCUGGAUGCCGUUGAGGAGCGGCGGGCGCAGGUCAUCCAGAUGAUGCGGGCGGAUGAGGAGCGGCGGCGGCAGCGGGCGGAGGAGGAGGAGAAGAAGCGGAGGGGUCAAUGAUUUCCUUUCCCUGGGCC